UUGAUUCGCGUCGUCAGGACCGUGCCUGUGCCUCCUCCAUAAGUUUUUCGCCGUGUCGUGACUUUCCACGGGUAUCUCAACAAAGCCCUUGUCUCACCCAAUCGUCUAAACCGCCCCCUCCCCCCAAAACCCCCCAACAACCCCUCGUUGCCCAAAAACUCCCCCCGAAAACCCCUUUAAAAAAAACUCAAUAAAAAAAAAAUAUUCAAUUGUGUGGUGGAACGAGUGUAGUGGAGGUAUCAGUGAAUGGAACGCUUCACCGAGACGAGUUGGAUCGCCUGGAGUGAAAAGGGUUAGUCGAGGGAACACAUGUUGAUAAAAUGUCGGGAUCACAGCGAAUGAGAAAAUCAUCGCCAUGUUCAACGACAAAGCAGGGACCAAUGCGCGCAACCCUGCCGGUUAGUUCGUUAUUACGACAGAGUAGACAGGGAAGUAGUUUGCGUAAAAGUAACAGCAACAGUCCAACUGUAUCGCCAACUAAUGCCAAUGCAUGGAGGGCACGCAUAUCACCGGAUACGUCGGCGUCGUCAGGACAGAGGAGUCCUGGAUCACUCUCGUACAAAGCCAAAUCAAAGACACUGACUGGCCGGGGCAGCGAUGGUCUGAGUGGUAACCAAAACAUCCGCAGAACCGCUUCCCUGGACACGAUUUACUUGAAGGGCCAGUGGCCCCGUGACUCGUACUACGUGCACACAAGUCUCCUCCUCGUCGACAAAUCCACCCAGACAGAUGAGUGGUCCAGCGAGCCCAGGAAAAUGACACACAGUAGACAUCAGACUGAACCGACCAACAUCUCACAGGAUGAGAAAUUGCCCAUGGACAAGUACAUAAGACAAAGAUUACAACGGACAAAUAAGGAGAGCACGAGUUGUAGAGAGCGAACGACUGCGUUUGGAUUGAUAAUGCCAGGUGGACCACCCCCUGCACUCCCUGGGGACCACACUGUCCUCCUCCCCAGUAUUGCAUCACAAAUAUCGAUACAAAAUCAAUUUAGUUUGAGUACAAAAGCAAGCCCCAUGAACAUACCAGUGAAACCAAUGAGAACACCAAUGCGGGCUUCGGUUGAGGCUCUCAAUCAGGAGGUGGAGGGACUCGUUCUCACGCCAAACUCGAAUAGUAAUGAUCCUGAUCAUCCAGUUGAAGAUAAGUACGCGAGAUAUCGUGAACAGAUGACCCCAGAGGGUCACAGGGCUCCCCUGGCGGAUCUCCUGCGGGCAACACGCAGCGUAAACACCCAGACACCAGCCACAGACCUUCCCUCGAGUUCGUAUUCCUCAGGGCCACCAUCUAGGAAUUCCGAGUCUCCACUGAUACCAGGGCUGUUGGAUACGUCACGUCCAUCUAGCGAUCUACCACAAGGUGGAAGUCGUGGAUCAACUCCGGACCAGGAGAGGGAAGGACGAUUAGGGACAUCGCCCCACAUCAACAGGUUCUUGGCGAGAGAACCCCCUGAUGGCUGCGAAAAAGUUAAUCUCAAAUUCGUCGAGGAUGCCAGGCGGCCAAUGAUUGAUGUCAGUAAAUUGGAUUUUCACCCGAAGCCAUGUCAAGGAUUCCAGUUGAAACCAAGUCUUGGCUCGGCAUUUCUACCCCUGCAACAGCACCCAGUAAGCCCAACAGUUAUAUCCGGAAACCAAUCACCAUCGUCACAAGUAAAUCCCUCAACACCACCUCCCAAUCCAUAGUCCCCUCCCUUCCUCCUCCCCUCCCUCCCCCACUCACCCCCCACAAGUGUCAACAUUCGUAUUUUUUAUUACCUUUUUUUACGACAAAUAUUUUACUAAUUAAAUUACGAGGAGAACUCCCCCCAAAAUUCCCCUGCAAUUCUCCCCUCCCCAAAAAAAUGAAGAUAUCUCAAAGUGUAAAAUUAAAAUUCAUUGUAAAAAUUUAUUAACUGUCUUUCCGAAGGCAUUAAAAUUGUGGUGAUGAUGUUGACGAUUGGAGAAAGUUAUUUCGAAGUAUUUCGCAGGGUUUUUAAAUAUUAUUCGAUGAUUAAUCAUCAUCCGGAGAAUUGCAGGAUGACUUUGGGGAUAAAGUUGUAUUUUUACGUUUAGAUUUAACGAAAAAUGGAAACUGACCAUGUACAACCAAUCAAUUAAUUAAAAAGAAAAAAAAAGUUAGUAAAUGUUAAGAGAAUCAAUGGGCUCUCAGCCUUGAGGUCUGAAAAAAGUGAAUUUUUUCAGAGAAUUUAAAAAAUAUAAAAUAAACUUUUUUUUCUAAAUAAA